AUGAUAAACUCAAAUGCAUCACAUGAAUUACAUGCCAACUACCACAGUUUCAUUCUGACAGGUAUCCCAGGUAUGCCAGACAAAAACCCUUGGGUGGCCUUUCCCCUGGGGUUUCUUUACACACUAACACUUCUGGGAAAUGGUACCAUCCUAGCUGUCAUCAAGGUGGACCACAGUCUGCAAGAGCCGAUGUACUACUUCCUCUCUAUCUUAGCUCUCACUGACAUCAGUCUCUCCAUGUCCACCUUGCCUUCCAUGCUCAGCAUUUUCUGGUUCAAUGCCCCUGAGAUCACCUUUGAUGCAUGUAUCACACAGAUGUUCUUCAUCCAUGGAUUUGGAGUCAUAGAGUCAGGAGUCUUAGUGUCCAUGGCCUUUGACAGAUUUGUGGCCAUCCGAGACCCACUACACUAUGCUUCCAUCCUCACCCAUGGCAUUAUUGGAAAGAUUGGAAUGACUGUCGUCAGUCGAGCAGUCUGUGUGGUCUUCCCUGUGCCCUUCCUUAUAAAGCGGUUACCCUUCUGCCAUUCCAUCAUCUUGUCUCAUUCAUACUGUCUUCACCAAGAUGUGAUGCGGCUAGCCUGUGCCAGCACCAAAAUUAAUAGCCUUUAUGGCCUCAUCGUUGUCAUCCUCACACUGGGACUUGAUGCCCUCAUUAUUAUCUUGUCUUACAUACUCAUUCUAAAGACUGUGCUGGGCAUUGCCUCCAAAACUGAAAGGCUCAAAACCCUCAACACUUGUCUUUCUCACAUCUGUGCUGUUCUCCUCUUUUAUGUUCCUCUUAUUGGUGUCACUAUGAUCCACAGAUUUGGGAAGCAUUUAUCACCAAUAGUGCACACACUCAUGGCUAAUAUCUACCUGCUGCUCCCACCUGUGCUAAAUCCCAUUGUCUAUACUGUGAAGACCAAGCAGAUAAGAAGACGAAUUAGCCAAGUGUUCCAGAGGAGAGUAAACAGGGUCUAG